UACAUCGUGGUCCAUCGCACUGGUUCACCAGUGGUCUACAUCGUGGUCCAUCGCACUGGUCCACCAGUGGUCUACAUCUGUCUGGCGCGCGUGGGACUAUGAUUACACAUGGAUAUCUCGGCGUACAUGAAAAGGUUACUCACCAGCUCCCAAAUUGGAUUUUUACUUGUCGGAGUUUGUCUCACCACUCCCGCCAUACGCGUACAAGAACCGGAGUUCCGGCCCGUUCAGACGGCCUACACGUAUAAGAGGGGGGAGCAAGCGAGACUACUCUGCUCCAUCAAACAUCUAGGGGAGAGAAUCGUGAGCUGGAGAAAAACGACGGACAAAAACCCCCUGACCAUCGCCAGCAAGACCUGGGUGGACGACCCGAGGAUACGGGUGGACCACGAGGAGUAUGGGGAGAACUGGGACCUGCUCAUUAGUGACGUCACACCUGACGACAGCGGGGAGUAUGAGUGUCAGUUCACUGUCAACAGGAAGAAAUUACGUCAGGUGGUUAACCUGACAGUCACAGAAAACAGCGGGACGGUGAAGCGCAAUCCAGACAUCCUGAUCAGCGGCACCCAGUUUGUGAGCCACGGCCAGGACAUCAACCUCUUCUGUAACGCCAGCACCGCCGCCAGCCCUGGGCGGAGCCUCGUCUGGUUCAAGGACAUGCAGGAGGUCGAGGACGACGGGGAGAGGAUCUCCCUCACGACCUUUAACCCCAGGCAUAGGGAACAGUUCGCCAGUCAGCUGAGAAUAGAACGGGCCAGAGCAGACGACUCUGGACUCUACAUAUGUAGGUCAGCAGACGAGUUGCUCAUGACGUCAGCGCACGUCCAUGUAUCAACAGAAGUUUCGGGCUCAAAUAACGUCAAGCGAGCUGGGUCCGUCUCGAGCCUGCAGGAAUCCAAGGCUGUCCUCACUGUCCGGCUGGCCAUAUCCAACUCUACUUUCGUUUUCGUCAUCCUGCUGGUCCAUCGUCUGUUCACGUGACCCACCACCGCUGUAGUUGUGUAACGUGUGCAGGCAUGUGCAGAGUUGUGCAGACAUGUGCAGACGUGUACAAUCUUGUGCAGACUAUUACAGACUUUUACAGAUGUGUGAAGAUGUGUGCAUUCUUGUGCAGAAAUUUUAAAUUGUGUGCAGACGGCUGCAGACUUACCCAGUUAUCAACCCCUCAGGUUUAUUCAUUCAAGUCAAUUAUUUGAUCAUUCAAGUUAAUUAUUUGAUCAUUCAAGUUAAUUAUUUGAUCAUUCAAGUCAAUUAUUUGAUCAUUCAAGUCAAUUAUUUGAUCAUUCAAGUCAAUUAUUUGAUCAUUCAGGUCAAUUAUUUGAUCAUUCAAGUCAAUUAUUUGAUCAUUCAAGUCAAUUGUUUGAUCAUUCAAGUCAACUACCUGGUUAUUCUAUCUGUUCCCUUGGUUAUUCUACACUUAGUCGUUUAAUGAACCUUCCUCGCAUUCAUUGGCAUAUAUUAUAGAGUGGUCAAGUCAUAAAGCGGUCAAGUCAAGGAGUGGUCAAGUCAACAUUCUAUCAAUCAUUGUUGAUUUGUUUUAAAAAUCCCUAAAUACCUGUAUUUAUUUUUAAUUAACCAGCUGUACAUUACUCACCCAGUUAAUGAUAAUUCACACGUGAAUUUCGCCUCAUAUUCGGCUUUAAUUAGAAUAUAUUUGACUAUAACAAUAACAAGAUAGAGUCACGUGAUGAGUUUAACCUUUGACCUCCACGGGUACGGAUGUGUUGGUUCUAGACGCCGGAAGUGGAAACCAUGGGAACCGUGUCUUACAUUCGU